AUGUCCGCCGACGAGGCCAAGGCGGCCCAGGACGUCCCCCUCGACGACAUGGCCCACAAGGAGCCUCAUGAGGUUCAGUACGUCGACCGUCCGGCUGGCUGGAUCUACAAGAACUUCCGCAUCUUCGGCAGCGACCUCUGGUACGCCUCGCCCAAGAUCCAGCUGCUCAUGAUCUCCAUCGUCUGCUUCCUCUGCCCCGGCAUGUACAACUCCCUCACUGGCCUCGGCGGCGGUGGCCAGGUCGAUCCCACCGCUCAGGACCACGCCGGUGUCGCCCUCUACAGCACCUUUGCCGUCGUCGGCUUCUUCGCUGGAACCUUUGCCAACCGUCUCGGUCUCCGCCCGACCCUCGCCAUCGGUGGCCUGGGCUACUGCAUUUACGCCGCGUCCUUCCUCAGCUACUCGCACACCGAGAAUGUCGGCUUCGUCAUCUUCGCCGGCGCCUUCCUCGGUGUCUGCGCGGGUCUGCUCUGGACUGCCCAGGGAGCCAUCAUGAUGUCGUACCCGCCCGAGAACAGCAAGGGCCGCUACAUUUCGUGGUUCUGGAUCAUCUUCAACCUGGGCGCCGUCAUUGGCUCCCUCAUCCCGCUCGCCCAGAACGUCAACAAGAAGAAGGGAGCAGUCACUGACGGCACCUACAUCGCCUUCAUCAUUCUCAUGGUCAUCGGCGCCGGCCUGUCCCUUUGCCUCGUCGAGGCUAACAAGGUCAUCCGCGAGGACAACACCAAGGUCAUCCUCAUGAAGAACCCGUCGUGGAACAGCGAGAUCCGCGGCCUCUGGGACACUCUCUUCCAGGAGCCCUGGAUCCUGCUGCUGUUCCCCAUGUUCUUCUCCUCCAACAUCUUCUACACCUACCAGAACAACGACAUGAACGCGGCGCACUUCAACACCCGCACCCGCACCCUCAACAACCUGCUCUACUGGCUUGCGCAGAUCGUCGGUGCUGUUAUUAACGGCUACUGCCUCGACAUCCACUCCGUCCGCCGCAGUGUCCGGGCCAAGAUCUCCUUCGUUGUCCUCUUCUCCCUGACCAUGAUCAUCUGGGGUCUCGGCUGGUACUGGCAGAAGAUGCAGGUCAGCCGUGAGGAGGCUUCUGACCCCAACUACGACGGCCUCGUCGACUGGACCGAUGGUGGCCGCCUCUUCAUUGGCCCCAUGUUCCUGUACUUCUUCUACGGCUUUUUCGAUGCUAUCUGGCAAACCAACAUCUACUGGUACAUGGGUGCCCUUUCCAACUCUGGUCGCAAGGCGGCCAACCUUGCUGGCUUCUACAAGGGAAUCCAGAGCGCCGGCGCUGCCAUCUUCUGGCGCCUCGAUGGCCUCAAGAAGCCUUACAACACCAUCUUCGGCGCCACCUGGGGCUGCCUGGCCGCGUCCCUCGUCUUCGCCGCUCCCGUCAUCUGGCUUAAGAUCAAGGACUCCGUCUCCAUCGAGGAGGAUCUCAAGUUCAGUGACGAGACAGUUCAGGACGUCAUCGUUACUGGCGAGGAGAAGAAGACUGUUGUGUAA